AUGGCCGAAUCAACUAUCCGUCUCCCUUCGCGUCCCGAAGUCCUAGACACCGUGCGCCUCCGCAACAUCGAGCUCCCCCUCACUGCCCCCGAAGCAUGGCACCGCGAAGGAAAAACCCAGCCAUGCACCGCAAGCCUUAAGCUCUCCUACUCCUCCAUCAUCGGAGCAGCCGACACAGACGAUGUCUCCCUCACGCUCGACUAUGGAAAGCUCUUUCGCCGAUUGGAAAACAAUGUCAAGACCUUCGUUCACCCCGUCACGUCCCCCGAACACCCUGCCAGACACCUCGUCAACAUGCAAGGCACGCGAUGCGAAGAGAUGGACAAAGCUGCAUUCGGUCAAGACCCUCGCGUAACAGCCAGUAUCGUCGCCAGCGCAGCCUUGGAUAUCCUCGACGAAACCGCGGCCGCCGUCCAGCGCCGCGACAACUCUUCCAUCUCGGCGGAGUAUGGGGAAUGCGAGGUUGAAUUGAGUCUGCCGAAGGCUAUCUUGCGUGCUGAUCAUGGUCUCUGGUACCGCAGCGUUACGGCCUUUGGAAUCACGCCCGCAGAUCUGCGGUGUCCGGUUGUGUUGGAGGAGGAAUUCCGCAUUGAGGGGAUUAGAAGCUUUGCGAUUCUGGGUAUCAAUCCUCAUGAGAGGCUUGAGAAGCAGGCUGUUAUCAUUGGGCUUAGGUUCCAGGGUCCUGGUCAGCUUGCCUGGGGGUCCAAGGUUGUUGAGACCUACCAGGCUAUGACACGGGCUGUGGCUGAGAAAGUCGAUCAGACUACCUUCCAGAGUGUGGAGUCGCUGGCUACCUUUAUUGCUCACAUUGCUACGGUCGAGUUUGGCAAUGAGUCUGUCACUGUGACAGUCGAGAAGCCUAGUGCUUUGGCGUUUGUUCAGCGCUCCGGCGUGGAGAUCACUCGCUCCAAGGCUUUCUUUGAUACCCAUCGCCUUCCGGAGCCACGUGAAUGA